CAUGAGCGCUUUGUGUGCCACAACAGACGAAAAAAAGGCACAAACACAAGCCGUCCUUGAUCUUGCUGUCGUUAUAGGUGACUGUCGUGAGAUUUGGCCUAGUUGGACCUCGAUAAAUCUUACAAACUGCCUGUCGUCAACAGUGGGAAACCAAGUUUAAAUUAUCCUAACUAAUACAGACUGAAGUGUCGUCAACCAGCUGAAGAGGAAUAAAAUGUUUCCUGAUAUCAACAAUGAAAAUCAUUAAAUGUAGUCCUGAAGUUAUGACUUCAAGUUUUAAUUCAUUUUCAUCAUAGAUACUGUAUGUUUAAUACUGCAUCUGUACUGUGUAUUAAAGUACAGUAUUGCAGGAACAAUAUGAGUGACCAGGACUUGCCACUUUUAUCAAACAUUAAUGAGAUUCGAGCUAGACAUUAUCUUAUCCAUUUGAAGCCCAACUUUAACACAAAGAUAAUUCAGGGAAGAGUUUAUAUAUUUUUUGAGCCAACUACUCCAUGUGAAAGAAGAAAACACUGCUGCACACGAAAAUGUUUCUGUUCAGACACUGAUGUGCCUGACACUGAGGUUCAUGCCACUGAUGUUCUUGACACUGAUGUUCAUGCCACUGAUGUUCUUGACACUGAUGUUCAUGCCACUGAUGUGCUUGACACUGAUGUUCAUGCUACUGAUCUUCAUGCCACUGAUGUGCCCAACAUUGAAAGUGCUUUUGCAUCUAUCAGCCGACACACAAAAUCUCCUGUUAAGGAUGAAGCCAGAAAUUUACUUGAGAUAAAGAGGGAAAUUGUUCCUGAGCUCCCUUAUGAUACCAAUGAUGAGUAUUGCAUGACAACUGAAAUAAAUGUUGAGAACAGGGAAUGUAAAGAUUUUGAGGUUGUUUUGGAUUGUUGUGACAUCAAAGUGAACCGUAUAACUGAAGUAUCAUGCGAGGGAGUCGACCUGUUUCAGUAUUUAGAUCCAAAAUAUCCCAGAGUGUGUGGCGUUGCAAUUAAUUUCUGGUCUAGCAGAGAACACAUACCACUGCAAUACACAGUUGAUGCUUGGAGUAUCAGAAUAUGUAAAAAAGGUAUAAAGAAUGUUAAACAAUUCCCUCAAGCUGUGUGUAUUGAAUAUGAAACAACCCCCAAAGGAAAGUCUAUUCUCUGGAGAAAUGAUAAAGAUGGCAAUUCUUGCAUAUUUACCCCAGCAUCAGAAAUAAAUAACCGCUCACUUCUUCCUUGUCAGGAUCCCCCAUCAGCCAUGGCUACUUGGCAGGCAUGGGUCACAGUCAGUGAGGAAUAUUAUGUUUCAAUGACAGGAGAUAAUGUACCGACUAAAUUCAUGGGUUCUAUAGAGGAUUAUAUGAAAGAUGCUACAGCCUUGCAACAUAGUAGACAGAAGUGCUGCACUAUAAGUCAAGUCAACCAGGAUAUUACAUUUUGCAAGGAAGACAUUAUAGACAAUAAUAUUUCAACUGUUUGCAUUUAUUAUUACACAACAAUGGUUCUUCCUAUUGCUACCAUAGCUAUUGCUAUUGGGAAAUGGGAAACAGAAAUCCUCCCAACAAUAGAUUUAAAGCAUUUACAUGAUCAAGUAAAAAAAGAAGAGAAGGACAUGGUUCCCAAAAAAUACUCCUGUUGUCAUUAUGAAUACCCAUGCCACAUGAAAUCUAUACUUUGGAGUUAUGAAACACCAUUAAGAAUUGUUUAUCCAUCAUCCAGUUUUAAAUUAAUAAAUACUUUAAGUGCAUUUCUUCCUUCUGCAGUGAAGUCUGCAGUUCAUCUACUCGGCACAUAUCCUUGUCGCAGAGUGGAGCUGGUAAUUCUUCCAUCAUGUUUUGGAAGUUUGGGAUUAGCAUCACCUAAUCUUAUCUUCUUAUCACCAACUGUCGUUUUAGAUGAUCCAGCUGCACAUAUUCGUUUAGCACACGAAAUAAGCCAUGCAUGGUUUGGCAUAAACAUAGGUGCACAAGACUGGACAGAGGAAUGGCUAAGUGAAGGAUUCGCCACUUACAUGGAAGACUCUAUCUAUGCAGAAGCAGUCCUCGCUUGUGAGAAAACUGAAUGCACUGUUUUAGAGGAGAGACUGUGUGGGAGCCCGAGCUGUGACAGCUCUCAGCAGGAAGCAGAAGGCAGCAGUGGGUUGGAAACUCAAGUGGGUCUUUCCUGUACUUCAGCUCAAGUCAUUAAUGUUAGUUCAAAAGAUUGUGUUCUUAAUGACACUGAGAGAAGCAUUAACAUGAGUUGCAAACAUAGUAUAAUGUUUAGGGAGUCGGGAAAAGAACGUAAUAUUGGUGAAGUUUUACAGUCUAAUGCUAAUUCUGAUCACAACUGUUACAUGUUUGAUGAACAUUCAAACUUGGCUGUUAAGGGAAGAAUGACAAAAAUAAAGGAGGAAAGAUUUUUGAGGAACUCAGUUUGGGGUAAAAAAAAUAAUAAUAGUAGUAGUCAGGUUUUGAAGGCAAAUACUAUUAUAUUCAAGUUAGACCAGAAGCUUGAAAGAAAGAGACUGGAGGAACUAUCGGACCUUCGAGCACAUCUAAAAUAUAGAACACUUGCAAGUGAACUGGAAAAUUCCAUGCAAGAGCUUCAGACUUUAAGACCUAUGCAAGGAGAAAACCUUGUUGAUAAAGAUGGUAUAAAUUAUGUUAAAAAUGGGUUGAACCCAGAUAAAACUUUCUUACAAGUACAUUAUUUGAAGGGCUACUUUCUUCUUAAGUAUUUAAGUAGAUUAGUAGGAAGAGCCAAAUUUGAUGCAAUGUUAAAAGAGUAUGUAUCAGUCUAUCAUGGACAACUAGUUUUGUCCAAACAUGUAUUAGAUUAUUUUAUUUCCACAUUUCCUCAAGUUUUAGAAAAAGAUAUUAACCAGGAAUCUUUGUAUAGGGUUUGGCUCCAUCAGCCAGGAUUAAAUGUUGAAAUAAAAGAAAUGUAUGGAGACAUAUCCAAUGGCUUAGUUUCCGAAGUGAGGCAACACUUCAUCUUUUGGAAAAAUUUUGAUAAAUCUCAGAACAGGAUGGAGCAUACCAUAAAGAAGGCCAAGGGACUUGUUGAAGAAUUUAUUUUCUCAGAUCAGUUGGUGCUACUCCUUGAGUAUUUACUAGAGUUACCAAAGCUGUGCCAAAAGACACUAAGUGAGGUCAACAAACACUACAGCAUAAGCUCUCAGAGCGGAGACGUACGUCACAGGUGGUGUGAACUUGUUAUAAAAAAUAAUUAUAAGGAUUUAGCAGAGGUUGAAAGAUUUUUAUUGGAGGACCAAUCAAUGGGUGUGUAUUUAUAUGGAGAAUUAAUGAUCUACAGAAGAGUGAAGCAUAAACGCUUAGCAGAAGAAGUAUUUUAUAAGAUUCAAGAAGAUAUGGAUAAUAAUACUCGGCAAAUUGUAUUUUCAAUGUUGUAUGGAGAUUAACUUUCAUUAUUAACAUGUAAUAAUUCCAAAACUAGAUAUUUAUCCUGUGGGUGUAAUUGUUUAUUUUGUACACUUAUGAGAGAUUGAAAUAAAUCACUGCUACCAAAUGUAAGCCAACUU